AUGUUGGUUAAGUGUACCGUAAGUAUUGAAACAAACAAUUUUAAUUUUCCUUUAGUUUGUGCCUUAUCUUUGGUAAAAUUAACGUAUAAAAGGGAUGGUUCGUUGUAAACUGAAAACUUGGCAGAUGCCGGGAUACCCCGAACGGAACAACAAUAACAAUAUUUUAGCGGCUCUCUUAGACAUUUUUUGCGUAACUCUCCACUUGGCGCCUUGGGCUCCUUGCUCUAGUUUUUUCUUUUCUUUUUUUUUAAUAACAACUCUUUAGCGACGUUGCAGUUACAAUAGAACUGUAUGUUGGAAUAUGACAUUUUGUGGCCAUCUUUGUGAGUAAUGCAUCACGCGGUCACACUACAGACCAGACCAGCGGAAUUGCCCAUAGCUACGUAACCAGGCUUCCAGCCACGUAGACUUUUAAGUAGUUUUUUGCGAUAGUAAUGACGGAAACUUUCUUCUCUUACAACCACUAGAUUUUUUCAAGGACCAUGCCUUUCACAACCUUAGAAACAACCAACUUUCCUCUUUACGCUGUGAAUGUUCUGGAUCGGGAGCACUUUUUGAUCGCCGGCGGCGGUGGUGCGGCGAAGACCGGUGUUCCGAACGCUUUGGUAUGGGCUAUAGUUUGUUUUCGUUAUUUUGUCAAAAUAUUUUGUUUUCACGGCUUUCUUGAUUGUAUUUAAGCUGCUCCUUUGUCACAAUUCCAUGGCUCCGUAACUGUUUGAGAAAAAGCGGCUACUGCUUGCGUUGGCGACAAUUUUUGUUUCCAAGUCAUUUUAAGCUUAUGUCAAAUCAGCAGUUUUUAAUAUAUAUAAUAGUAACUAAUAAAUAGAACAGAAAUUAUACAACUUAAUAUCGUGCUUAAAUAAGCGCUCUACCGUCUGAGAUAGUCCUGCUUCCGUCUUGAAAAUACUUAAUUGUAUCUUCCAAGAUUUAUAAAAAAUUUGGUAGUUGGUAUAUCUCACGUCAAGAUCACAGUAUACGGUCCUCAAUAGACAGCGAGCUAGCCUUAGCCACGUGACAUCCAGUGUUCCACAAGGAAGUGUUUUAGGGCCUUCGCUAAUUGUCCUGUAUACUAGGCCUCAGUUGUUCAAAAGCUGGAUAGUGCUAUCCAUCGGAUAAAUCACUAUCCACUGGAUAAGUAUUAGGGAAAGCAAUUGUGCUAUUCACCUGAUCGCACUAUCCACCUUUUGAACAACUGGGGCCUGCUACCUAGUUGAAUUUUUCCAGUCAGAUUGAAGAGCAGGACCCUGGGAAUGAGGUUGCAACUUUCUGUGAAAGACAGUACUUCUAUCUAGCUAAGCUACCUAAUCAAUGUAAAUGAGUACUCUGCAAAAUGACAAGCCAAUCAAAGCAGUUUUAACCCCCUACAUAUAAAAUUUAAAAACUAUAUAUUGUGUGGCUUGGAUGACCACAGCUCCUUAAAAAAUGUUUUCCAUAUUUGAGUAUAUAAAAUAUUUCAAACCAGCCACAGUGUACAUUUACACUGUAUGUCCACAUGCAGAGUUUUCACUGACCCUUCCCUGCUGUCCAUCAGAGACAUCAGCUGAUUAUCGCAAGCCAUUGGACCAAAAGUUGUAUUUAUCUCUUCUUUUGUUAUCUCACACAAAGGUCACUAAUGUUUACCUCUGUACACAUUUUUGUUUUGCAUAUCAUGUCAGAAUAUUUACAAGCUUGGUACAGAUGGUAAAGAACUCAAAGCAAGCUUGGUUCAUAACUUUGAGGCGGGUCGAAGGGCAAUAAUGAACUGUGCAAUUCACCCCACUGCAAAUGUAUUAGCAGCUGGAAUGGACAAUAAAUGUCAGUUAUUGGAAGUGGAUGUAAAAGAGGAAGAAGUCCAGAUUGAAAAAUUAGAAGGCAGGAAGGCCAAAGUUAUGACAAAAAAGAAGAUAAAGAAAUUUAAAGUAAAUGAACUACAAUCUAAGGUGACUGUAUCAGCAGAUGAUGGUGAUGAGAAAGAUGAGGACUUAGGAUUUCAAAAAGUUGUGCGUUUUACAGCGGAUGGAAAGCAUGUUGUAACAGGUGGCUCAGAUGGUCAUGUUAGAGUCCUCAAGGUAAUUUGCUGUUAAUUCCCAGUUGUCUCAGCACUGAAGCAAACUUGAAUUGAGCAAGCAGCUAUCAAGUUUUGCUUGCCCAAGGCAGUUGUGUGCAUCUGGUUUAUUUUGUGAAAUUGGGGUGUGGGGUUUGAUUAUUGUGCAAGUACAGAAAAUGAUCUAAUAGAAACUCAGCUUGAAGCAUUUAAUAAAUAAAAAGCAUUUUAAGGAUAGAGGCAUUUACCCUCAUAACUGCUGCAAAUGUUACAAAACUAAUAUACUUACAGCAAAUAUAUCACCACAGUUAUCAAAUAGCAGAGUAUCCAGUCCACCCAUUGAUACGUUUAGAGAUCCAUAUAGUUUCUUUAAAGGUCAACUUUGACAUCAGAAUCCUUACUUUGAUCUUGACAUUGAACAAGACGAGAUGUGCAAACUCUAAUUAGUUAAGAAAGACUGAAUAAAUUGAAUGAUGUUAGUUGCCCUGGAUUCCUUCAGUCGUGGUAGACUGGGGAAACAAUAUAUAUUAUUGACUGACUCUGCACAUUAAACACUUUGACUUUUUAUUUAUAACUUGAUUUCAGAAAAUAUUUUGUUUCAGUAUCCCUCUCUAGAAUCUGUACACGAUAUAAAGGCUCAUUCUACUGAUGUUGAUGACCUUGAUGUCCAUCCCAACUCCAACUGGGUAAGUUGUGUUCUAUUUAUUUUCAAUAUUACUUUCAUUAUUAUUACCAGCUUUAGGUUUAUUUAUUUUCUGUUGAGUGUCCUUUUUGGUUUCAGUUUGUUACAUGCUCCAGAGAUACAACAGCCUAUGUGUGGAGAUUAGAGGAAGGAAGGAAGCAGUUUCAACUUUAUUUCUCUGCUAAUAAUGAGCCAGAGAACUUUUUCAGGAUAAGAGCUUGUAGGUAGGUCUAAGACUUUGAAAAGCUCCUGGAUACCAUUGUCCACUGGAUAAAUCUGUACUAUGAAUCACUACUUGAUGUAUUGUUUAGACUGCAAGCAGUCCCUCUUCAGUCAGUCGAGUCUAAGCUCAGCAAGACUGGAGAGAGCGAAUUGGCCAAGAGGGAAACUGGAGAGAGCCUUUCCCGCCUCCUCCCCAGCUUACCCUCGGCUUUCGCUUGCUUCACGCAAUUUCCUUGCUCGCGUGACCAUCCUGAGGGACUGCUCGCAGUCUAUGUAUUGUUUGGGCGUGGCAGUGUAUUCAGUUGUGUCAGUUGUUGACAAAAUAAUCUUUAAAUUACAAAUAUUAAAUACCAGCUGCCUUGGUAAAAAUUGUAUAUUAGUAAGGCAAUUGUCCCUGAUUCUUUUAGGUUUGGUUGUGAUGAGAGGAAAAAUGUCAGUCUUUUUACAAUUAAUGUGCCUGCAAAGUUCAAUAGGAAGACACCAACACCCUCAUAUCUGGUUAAGUGGGACUGUUCAAAAUGGUUACCACAGAUGAGUCAGUCUGCUGGAUUUGAACCUCUGACACAAAUGGCUGUUAGGUUUGUAUUAUCUUCCAUUACUAAGAAUGCUUUGUAAAAAAUGCCUAUGAUUUUAUGUAGGUAUAAUGAUGAUUAUUGUUAUUUAUCAUUGUCAUUUUGACAAACAAUGCCCUAUGAAUUUAGAGGCACUGUUGGAGAAAUCACUUACAAACCUUUAGAUUUCACCAAAAGUGCAAAUAAUGGCUUAAAAAAUCAGGGCAGUGUGCAUCUCUUUUGCCCCCAGAUUUGAGGAGAAGAGAUGACUUCUUUUUCAAAACCUUUUUUAGCUGACUUGUCUCAUCUCCUUUCAUUUAAGGCAUGCACUUUUUUUACACUUUAAUUGUAAUAAUCCCUUUUACUGACUGUAUUUUUACAGUGGCAAUGGGAUUUAUGUUGGCGUUGGGACAGCUGAAGGAGACAUUUCAGUGUAUAUUUCUUGGAACCUUGUUGUAAGUGGCUUUUGUACUUUACUUCAAAUUUACCUAGUAUCAUACUUUCUUUUUAGUUUCUCUUUGAGUUUCCUGUGUUAUUGACUAGAAAAUACACCAUACUCAAACUGAAUCUUUUGUUUAAUUUCUUUUCAGCCCCUUGUCACUCUGAAGGGUGUACACAACAUCUUUGUCACUGGAUUAUCAUUUUUACCAGACUCCCCGCUAGUGGCUAACAAACUGCGCAACGAGUUUGCUCUUCUCAGUAUCUCUGCUGACAACACUUGUAAAGUUACUACACUCAAGAAAAGAAGUAUGUAUAAUCUAAUGGUACUGUGAUACAUAUGGAGGGAAUGUAAGGCUAAUGGGGGAGGGUGGGCUUCAAAACCCACAGAAACAAAUGUGACAAUAUUGCACAGAAAAGAUAAAAAAACCCUGCAUUUCCUCAUUAAAAGUUAAUAAAAUUUCUUUAAAAUGGAAAAUUGCAUGGUCUUGUCAAAACCUCUAAAACCCACCGUUAAAAUAUUAGAAUUUUCACAAAAAGGCAUCACUGCAAACCCAUUUGUCCUCCUUUGAUAUUGUAUGUCAUUCAACUAAUAAUUGGUUAUGAUUGGCCCAUGUUGCUCAUCAGGGUAUUCAUUCAGCUGAUGAUACAUCAACUUCUUGACUAGAAAAAAAAACACAUUGUUUAAUCAACCUACAUGUAACUUAAAGCAACUAAACUUUAAUCAUUUAAAUGACUUAUUCAUGGGGGAAAAUUAAUUUGAACUUCAUAUUCAAGGUCAUACAUGUGUAUCAUUAAUUUGAACAGAACUGAGAAUAGUGUCAAAAAAAGUUAUUAACUAAAGAUAGUUUAUUGUGGCUGGUAGUCUUUGUCACAAGCUCUAAGUUCAGACAUUUGUGCGUGAGCUGCUUGAUUAUUAUCGCAUUGUUCAUUGCAUCUUAUUGUAAUAACUUAUUGUUUUUCAGGUGAAUACAGUAUAUGGUGGAUUCUUGUAGGAUUUUUAGUCUUGUUAUAUUUGACAAUCAUGGCCCUAGCCUAUGCAGGCUUUGAUCUGUAAACAGUACCUCUUUACAUGGUAUUUACAUUUGAAACACAUGAACUCACUGCUAAAUUUUCUGUUCUUAUGAAAAAUAUUUGAAUUUCUAGUUUUGCCAUCAUGGCAAUCAUCGUAUGGAAUCUUAAUUUUCACCAAAUGUACAUGAAACUAAUCCCGUUAAGAGUUCAGUUUGUAAAUAUUCAUACUGUCAGUGACAAAAAGAGAAAUGAAUUUAUUUUAUUCAGUCAUCUGAUCAUACACUCUUCAUAGACAGGC